AUGCGUUACUGCGUUACCUGUAAAGAAACGACACUACAGUCUUGUUUACUUCACACGAUCGUCAAUUGGACGAGUCAGUUCGAAAUGUCAAUGCCAACGAAAUUAGAAAUGAACAUGCAAUGCUUACGUGAACUUUUGGCGAACAAUUUCGUUAUCAAACCAGUUUUGCCAGUAGAGACUAUUCUUAAAGUUAUACAAUCAGACGAUAUUCCGGCUGAAGUAUGGCUCGAUUGUCUCCGGGCUGCAGUUCAAUCAGAGUCGAAUAAUAAUAAUCAAAAUAGUAUUUCAUUUGAUUUUGCACCAGUGAUUAUGCCAACAAUGGAUUUUCAUCUACAACCAUCAACACUAUCCAAAUCGGAUUCAUCGGCACAUCGAUUUCAAUCAAAAUAA